AUGGAUAUUCAUCGUUGUCGCUUUGUCGACUAUACACCACACACCAUCACCGCCACCGCCUUCUCCCACCCAUCCACUCUUUCCACCAAACCCCCUUCAUCAGAAUUACGUCUCGCCAUAGGUCGAAGCAAUGGAGACAUCGAAAUCUGGAACCCAAGAUAUAAUUGGACCCAUGAACUCACAUUACCCGGUUCCAAAGGCCGUUCAAUCGAAGGAUUAGUCUGGGCAACCUCACCCGAGGGAACAGAAUCACCUAGAUUGUUUUCAGUUGGUGGAUCUACAUAUAUUACUGAAUGGAAUUUAUCUACUGGAAAACCAAUCACUAAUUAUGAUUGUAAUGCCGGGAUCAUCUGGUCUAUAGAUGUAAGUUCCAACAAUCAGAAAUUAGCUGUCGGAUGUGAUGAUGGUUCGGUUGUGAUCGUGGAUAUAUCUGGAGGUCCAGGAUUUAUGGAAUAUGACCUAAUUUGUCAAAGACAAGAUGCGAGAGUGUUGAGUAUAAAAUGGGACAACAAGAACCAACCAGCACGUCUUGUUGGAGGAUGUGCCGAUGGGAGGAUUAGAGUAUGGAGUGCUGAUGGUGAAACUAAGGGAAGAAUUUUGGGAACAAUGAGGGUAGACAAAUCAAAGACUGAAAGUACUUUGGUUUGGUCACUUAGUGUUAUGGAAAACAAAGGGCAAUUGAUUAGUGGUGAUUCUACUGGAUCGGUUAAGAUUUGGGAUUUGGAGAAUUAUACUUUAUUGCAGAGUUUUAAGGUUCAUGAUGCAGAUGUUUUAUGUUUGGUUCAUGAUGUGAAUGAAGAGAAGAUCUUUUCAGGUGGUGUUGAUCGUAAGAUUCAUCAAUUUGAUUUGAUAUCUACAAAGACAUCAUCUAAGUGGGUUCACAGUUUUAAUAGAUUAUUGCAUUCGAAUGAUAUUAGAUCCAUGUCGAUUUAUGAAAAUAAAGGAGGAUAUGGGUUUUUGGUUAGUGGUGGAGUAGAAAGAGCAAUUGUGGUUCAACAUGUUCAACAAUUCCAUGAUGGUAAAUACAAGAAAUUAUUAAUUAAUCAACAGCUUUCUAAUGUGAUUGUUGAUUCAGGCAAGAGAUUGAUUAUUAUGUGGCAAGAUCAACAAGUUAAGAUUUGGAAGAUUCUUGAGAAUGGGAAAUAUAAAUUAGUUUGUAAAGUUUCAUUAGCUGAUGAUGAAAAUAUCACCAGUGUUGAUUAUAAUUCUGAAUCUAAUUUAUUAGCAGUUUCCAAAUUAACUUCAGUUAAGUUAUUUCAAUUGGAAGAAUCAACCAAAGGGAAAUUACACGUUCAUAAAAUCAGAGAUGAAAGUUUUGAUUCAUUAAUCGAAGGUGCCAAAUUAAUCAAAUUCAUUGAAAGUAAAACAUUAUUAAUCGUUACCCCAGAAGAAGAAUUAUACAAAUUCGAUAUCAACCCCGAACAAUCCAGAAUCGAAUUAUCCGCCGAAAUCGAACAAAUCGAACCUUCCCCUUCCACCAAUUCCACCUCCAACAAACUCCAACAUGCAUCAUGUAUAAACAACCUUAUCAUUUCUCCCGAUUGUCAAAACUUGAUUAUAUCAAGAUAUAACGGCCAAAUCGAGAUCUAUCCAUUAAACGGCACCUCCCCUGCCUAUAUCCUCACCAAAUUAUCUUCAUAUGCUCAUUUAUUACAAUGUUCAACCAAUGAAAAAUUAAUAGUCCUAACUGAAGAUAACAAGAUUUUUGAAUUCUAUAUAAAUCAAACUGAAUCCAAAACAUUACAAACCCCUUGGUCCAGAAGAAAUAGCGAAUUCUUGCCUAGACAAUUCACGAGUUUGGAAGAUAAACCCCAAGGUAUGGUUGUUAAGUAUGAGAAGUUGUGGAUAUUUGGAUCGGCUUGGUUGGUUUAUUUUGAUUUGAGUGUGAAUAUUCCUAUUAGUAAGGAGUUCAAGAAUGCUGGUGGUAGUGGUGGGAGAAAGAGAAAUAGAAAUGGGUUGAGUAUAAUUGAAGACGAAGCUUCUGGUGAGGUUGAUGAGAAUGUAGAAGUUUUGGAGACUUCUUUGAAACAGAGAGAGAUUGAUAGAUUGAGACAACAGAUCCAAGAUGAUGAACAACUGACUAAUGGUAGGUCUGGUAGUGGUAAUCAAAAACCAUUCUUUAUUACCGAGAAGUAUAGGCCAAUUAUGAAGGUUUGUGAUUUUGGUGAGAAUGAAAUUGUCGUGAUUGAAAGACCUUAUUUUGCAUUACCUACUACUCCUGCUUUUAAUUUACCAAAAUUGAAAAUUUAG